GCCCCAGAGAUCCCACAUGAGGAGCUGCAAACCCAGUCCAGGGAGCUGCAGGGAGGAAAGAUCCCCCCAGUGCCAGGAACACGGCCAGAGAUCCAGCCAGAGCUCAGAGCUGGGGGAGAAGCCCCACAAGUGCUUGGAAUGUGGGAAGGGCUUCAGCUACAGGCCCUUCCUGCUCCGGCACCAGAGGAUCCACAUUGGGGAAAAGCCCUACGAGUGUGGGGAAUGUGGGAAGAGCUUCAGCCGGAGCUCCAGCCUGAGGAAUCACCAGAUGAUCCACACAGGGGAACGACCCUAUGAGUGUGGGAAAUGUAGGAAGAGCUUCAGAGAUAUCUCUGACCUGAUGAAACACCAGGUGAUCCACACAGGGGAACGGCCCUACACCUGCUUGGAAUGUGGGAAGAGCUUUGGGUGGAGCACUGCCCUGAGAAAACACCAGCGCAUCCACACUGGGGAGAGGCCCUACGAGUGUCCCGAGUGUGGGAAGAGGUUUCGGACCAGCUCUGAUGUCCUCAAACAUGAGCGGAUUCACACAGAGGAGAGGCCCUUCCGCUGCCCCGACUGCGGGAAGGGCUUCAAGCAGAACGGCAACCUCACCGUCCACCGGCGCAUCCACAGUGGGGAGAGGCCCUACGAGUGUCCCCAGUGUGGGAAGAGCUUCUCACAGAGCUCUUACUUGACCAAACACCAACGGAGGCACCAGUAAGGGAAGCCCUGCGAGUGCCCCGAGUGCGGGAAGAGCUUCGUGCGCUGCUCCAGCUCCAUCCCCCAUGGGAGGAUCGGCAUUGGAUGAUCCCCAGUGACCCCCGUUGGGCAGAGCCCUGGUGAUCCGUGCUCCUGGUGAUCCGUGUUGGGAAGACACCUGGCUGGGAGGCUCCACAUCUUCCUGGCUCCCUGUGGGCACCUGGAUGAAGCCAGGGGAAUGAAAAUGCAACAGGAUACAGAAUGACAAUGGGAAUUGUUGACUUUCAGUCCUCGAGAACCUUUUGCGUCAGGAGCUGUGUGGGCAGAGAAAAGGGGGUGACACCAGACUUGAGGGGCCCAAGGGGAGCACACAGGCUCUGUGGGGGGGAAGGACACGACCCCUGGGACCCCCCCCUCACCUUCCUGCACAGGCAGAAUCCGAGCCCCAGUGCCAGGAAGACGAAGCCCAACACAGAGACUCUAAUCCCCAUCAGCCUCUUGCUGUGGGCAGCAUUUCACGGCAUCCCUGGGGGUCUGCAGGGGUCAGGACCCCCAAAACCUCUUACAGACACCCCAAGCCCCUCCAAGGACCCUCCCAGUCUCCCCCAGCCCACCCAGGACCCUCUGAAACCUCCUUUGGACUAACUAAUUUUAAAAAAUUAGGUAUUUUAGAAAAUUUGGAGAUCUCAGCUAGAGACAGGCCUUGCUAGAAGUAGUCAGAGUUAAUGAUUAAGUGAGAAGCAGGAUUUGAGAUAAUCAACUUGGGAGUGAGGUAAAAAAUUUCUUGUCAUUGUAUGUUUGUUCAGCUGUGCUUAUAAUGAGAAAAGAGAAACUGAUAAACGGGUUCAGGAAGAUCACAGACCUUACAUCUGGAAACCCAUUUCAAAGUCACAAGGGAGGAAACUGGAGUUGUACCAAAUGUCAUUUGUAAUAUCAACCAUUGUAAAGGUAGAAAGGUGAGCGUGAGGAAGGGUGGUUUUCCUUCAUCUCUUGAUGACCCCUCCUCACCAAAACGACCCCCUCCUCAAAUUAGGGAGCCAACAACGCAGGUGUAAUGACAUUUUAAACUGAUUACAGUGCAUUUUAAUCCAAAGUGGGGAAUGGGAAGUGUUAGCAUUAUGCACAUGCAUUAGUAUUAAUAUGUAUUAGUAUUUUGGAUAUUCAAGACUUUUGUAAAUAAAUAGACACUGGAAUCUUUUGUCAA